UUUCAAAGAGCAUAAGACGUCAAGAGAUCAAAGUUGCCCAGCCGAAAGCGACACGCAGUUUCUUCCUCAUUUCAAACUUUUCAUUUGACUGUUGCCUCUGUAGAGUGUGUUUCUUCAACUUUGACAACAUCUUUAAUGUAAUCUGUCUCAGCGGGGUUUGUAGAUAGGUGUUAAGGAGAGACACUUUUGAGGACUAAACAUUUAAGAUGGCUUUACUGUUCUGCGAUUCCUUUUGGGGUACAGACUUUAUGGACCAGUCGGGUUAUGAGGCCAUAUUGCAGAGGUUACAUGAUGGCAGACACAUGUGCAAAGAUGUAGAAGACCUGAUGAAAAUGAGAGCGCUAGCGGAAGAGAAGUAUGGACGAGAUCUGGUGGCAAUUGCUCGGAAGGCAGAAGGUCAAACUGAAAUUGGAACAUUGAAGGCAUCGUUUGACAAGUUAAAAACAGAGAUUGAGAAGGCAGGAAACCUGCACAUCCAACUAUCUGAAAGGAUAAAGGAGGAAGUUCAGAAAAUAGAGGUGUUUCGAGAACACCAGAGGGAACAGAGAAAAAAGCUUGAAGAGAUUAUAGAAAAACUUCAGAAGCCUAAGAUGGUGUUGCACAAAAAGACCAUGGAGUCAAAGAGGUUAUAUGAGCAGAGGUGUAAGGAGGCUGAUGAAGCUGAGCAAGCAGUGGGGAAGAAGACAAAUGUGAACACAUCCACCCACCGGCAAUCAGAAAAGGUGAUGAACAGGGCCCGGUUAUGCAGGCAAGCAGCAAACCUGGCAGAAAAGCAAUACAGAUGGAAUGUUGAUCAGCUAGAGAAAACUUGCCAGGACUGGGAGAGCACAUACAGGAGCGCGUGCGAGGUGUUUCAGCAGCAGGAGUCUGAACGCAUUAAUAUCUUGCGCUGUGUUUUAUGGGAUCAUUGCAAUCUGCUUUCUGUGCAGUGCGUCCGGGAUGAUGAUUGCUAUGAGGAAGUACGGAAGAUUCUAGAGCAGUGCGACAUUAUCACUGACAACAACUGUUUCAUUAAGAUGAAAAAGACUGGCUGUCGACCCCCAGCUCCCAUUGAGUUUCAGUGUUACUCUGACGUGGACACUAAUGGAGGAGUCGGGAGGGUUGAAAUGAACAGAUUAUCUGUCAUGCUUCCAGGGAUGUCUUUUAGUGGGUGCCCUGAAGCCGGGAGUAAUUUGGGUGGAACAUACACACCGGCUCAACAAAAGGGAGGAGUAAUUGAGGAAAAGUACAUGGUGUUAUAUGAUUUUAAAGCUCAGGAAGGUGAUGAGCUGUCUGUCAGUAAAGGACAAGUUGUCACAAUAACUGAGCAAGGCGAGGAUGGGUGGUGGAGAGCGUGGAGGGAUGGAAUAUCUGGGCUGGUCCCUGGAACGUACUUGACCAAAAUCUCACCACACAGUACACGUCUCGCUGCUGCUCAUCCUGAAAGUAAUCCCAUCAAAUAGAAUUUAGUAGUCAUUACACUAAGUCUAACUAAGGUUCUUUGUCAAUUAGUUCAGCCUACAAGUUGAUGUAGAAUUAAUACAUUAACGUGUACUAGCAGCAUGAAAGAUUAGCUUUCUUGACAGGCAUCUUUAGGAUUUUUUUUUUUUUUUUACGAUAAAAAAAUGAAUAUUAUGAAUAAUGGAAAAGUUAUUCUGCUUGUAUAAUGAUUAUAUGAGGUUUAAUCUAGUUUUUUAUGGUUUGUAGUUUGAAAAAAUAUAAAAAAAUAUUGUAUUGAUUUAGAAUUAUGAAUUCUAAAGAUUUAUUCUUUUUUUUAAAAAUACACCUGUUUAAUAUAUGUAUACUGUAAUAUAUGUAUACAUUUUGUAUUAUCAAUUUUGUAAUGUUAUUGCUAUAAUUUAUCAUGGCCUAUUUGUCUGGUAUACUGUAUACUAAUCCAUUCAAAAAUACCUAUGUGCCCUGUGUUGCAUGCUAAAAUGUAAAGAAAAGUGAUUUGCAUUCAAGUCCUCUCAAAAAAAGGACACGCAAUAUCCAAAUGCCUUAGCAAAGCAUAAAGACAUUCAGCUGAAGACAUAUCUGUAAUAAAAUCAGAAGUAUCCUGA